AUGUCGAGUGAUAUUGAUGAAAUAUCACAAUUAGCUAGCAUUUUGCAUCAAAAUGGUGAUAAAGUAUUAAAGGCUUUAAGUAAAUUUACAUUAAAUGCUGUUUUGUUACAAAAAUUAAAUAAUCAAUUUAAUUUGAUUUUGGAAAAUGUAAAUAAUAGUGAUAAUGAACUUUAUUAUGAUAUUGUAUCGGAAAAUGAGAGUAGACAAAUUUUAAAAGAUUUGCAAUUUUUAAAUGAUUUCAUACAAAAAACAGUUAGUUUGAAAUUAACAAAUAAUUCUAAUUUAAAUUUAUUAAAUAAAAAAGUAGAUAUAUCAAAUUUUAAAAACAUUAAAUAUUUAGAAAUUAAAAAAGUAUCAAUUAAUGAAAUUGUCGGACUUAAAAAUAUACAAUCUCGAUUAGAAUCUGUGGUGUGCGAUAGAUGUUUGUCACAUCUCGAAGAUCUUUUUUCUAAGUGUGGGGGAGAUAAUACUUGUGAUGUUGUUUGGAACACACUCAGAGAAGCUGUUUUAAGUUUUAAUAAAAUAAAUGUGAUUGAUAAAUCUAUUGCAUUGGCUCCAUCAUUACAAGUACUCGAUUUAAGUCACAAUCAAAUAACCGAUGUAAAAGCCAUCGAAUGUUUACCUAAUUUGAAAUAUGUUAAUUUAAGUUACAACUGCUUAGACAGUAUACCUACUUUUCAUAAAUCGGCAAAAAAAAAAAUUGAACUUCUAGCUAUGAAAAAUAAUUAUGUUGAAAAUUUAAAAGGCCUCAAAGGAUUAUCUCAUUUAAAUGAAUUGGAUUUGUCGAAUAAUUGGAUUUCAGAUUGGGGAAGUUUUUACAUGCUGUUAUCCAUAUCUACAUUAAAAUGUCUUUCAUUAUCUGGAAAUCCAAUAAGCUGUUAUAGAAAUUAUAGAUUAAAAGUAGCUGAAUAUCUUCACAUUAAUGCUUCCUUUAAUGAUUUUUAUUUAGAUAAAAUCAAACUGUGUAAAAAAGAAAAGGCUUGUGUUGGUUUGAAACUCUGUGAUGGAAAUUUAGCUUUAAACAAAUCAAUAUUAGAAGAGAAAUUCAGUGAAAAAUCUCUAAAUUCAGAUGAUUAUUUGAAAAAAUCAUCGAUACCGAUAAAAAAAACUGGCAAAACUAGAUUGGUUGACAUACCUAAUUUGGAUGAUGGCACCAAUGAAGAAAAAGCUAUAGAUAAUCAAUUGGAAUCAUUGAAUUCUUCGACUGAACAUUUAAUUACAAAAAAAAGAAUAGAACACACUCGAUCUGCAUAUGGAGUGGAUAAUUGGCUGGUUCAUGGAAGUUCUGUAGUUCAAGACAUUUUGGGAUUACCCUCUGUUGAAGUUUCGACAUCAACUCCUUGUGAUGAUUUAUGUCUCAAUGCAGCUUUAGACUCUGUUAAAAAUACAAUAACCACAGUGGCUGUAAUUGAAACCCAACCGCCAGAAACUGUCAUUAAAGAUGUGGAAAAAAAUAAUCAGGAUUCGUUUUUUACUUGCAACGAUGAAGAUAGCACGUUGAAUUAUUUUUCUGCUGAAACCUCGAGGGAAAAGGAAAACGCUGUUGAUAAGAAAAAAGAAAAUUCAAUUGAUUACACAAAUGAUGAUUGUUCGAAUACAGAAGAAGUUCAAGAUCCAGAUGAUGAAAAAGAAACAAGUGAAAAUGAAAAUAUUUUCACGGUUUUGAAAGAAGUUAAAGGGAAUGGUAGAACCACAAUACAAGAUGAAUUAUUUUUAGCCAUGACAGAAAAUGAAUUACGAGAAAGAGAAUUAAUAAAAAGAAAAAUAAUAACAAAAUGGUGUUUAAGUAGUCUCGAAAGUUGCAUCAAAUUAAAACCUAACAAAUUACAAUUGGUUUUCAAUACGGUUAAAAGAGAUAAAAAAGAAAGGAUUUAUUCGUUUAAAGAAAACGAUGCCAACGUAUUAUAUAAGUUAUUAGUUGAGAUAUUAGAAAAUAGAACGUUAAGUGAUAUGAAUCAAAUUGUUUACAAAUGUGAAAAUUGCAGUUCUCAAUUUUCCGCUGAAAUCAAAUCCGGUAAAACGGUAUCUCACAACAGGAGUUUUAGUGCGAGUGGAUUUUUUCAAAGUUUUAGAAAUCCUAGCGAAGAUAAAUCAUCUUCCGAAUUGUAUUCCCAAUCGAGUGCAGGUUCUGCAGCAUCGUUAAACGAAAUAGGUGAAUUAUCAUCAAUUCAAAAGGACAACAUAAAAAAAUCAGAUAGCGAUAUCGAAGUGUUGAGUAAUCCAAGUCAGAGUAGUAUAGAAAUCAUCGAUGGGCCUACCAAAUUCCCUAGUGCUAAUCCGUCUGCACAAAAGCAAAUAAAUGAAAAUGAUGAUGACACUGAUGAUACACUUGUGCCAAAUUUAUCAACCACCGAAAUUCUUCAAAAUAAUCCGCCUGCUUUACUAACAGAAAGUAGUUCAUCCGGAUCGGUUACUGACAGCAUAUGCACGGCUUACGAGAAUUCAAACGCAAACAAUUCGAAUUCGAAUGGUGGUAAACCUGGGAAAAAAGAUUUUCAAAAAUUGGAAAUUGAAAAAAAAAUGGAUGAACCGAUUCUUCAAGGCUGGAGUGUUAACGAAAAUAAGGAAGGCACAAAAGGAGAAGAAAGCGAUUUUACAAAUUUAGAUCAUAGAAUAAAACUUUUACUGUACACAAAUGUUUUCGAAGAUGCACAAGAAGAAUUUUCUUUCGGUAUUCGAGCUGUCGUCAAUCCAUUCAACACAAAUAAUUUUUUUCCAUCCUGCAUAAUCGUGUCGAAUAAAAAAUUAUAUUUUUUAAAAAUAACAAAUGGCGAACAUGGUGACGACGCACGAAAUUUUUUAGAAAAAAUAGAUUUUUUAUGCUUUAAUUUAAACGCAGUUAAAUAUAUAUACACAUUAACGUGGCACCAAGGAUUCGCUGUUAAAAUUCAAUCACCCAACAACAGUAAAAAAUGGAAGCAAUAUUUGAUUUUGUUAAUGAAUUCUACGAGGACUCGAAAUUUUUUGAAAUUUUUAACAUCGGAAUCGCACUGUCUCAACAAAACCAGAAUAAAUAAAGAGAUUUUGGAGAAACCUUACAUGUCAUUACAACAUUCGUUGUUGUCUUCAACUUGUUUAGACGACAUAAACAUACAAUAUUUUUGUUUAUUUAACACGUGCACGAUAACGAACGAUUUGAAUUCUACGGAAAUUAAAUAUGGCGGAAUUUUAACGAAUUCUACGGAUAUCGUAUUAAUCGGUGGGUCGUUAAAUUGGUUAUUCGUCGAAUCGAACGAUCUUCCCGUAUUCGAACGUUUUCAAAAAAUGAAAAAUUUAAAAAAAGUGAACGAAGAAAGUGACGUUUGGAAUUUUUUGAUGGAAGGAGAAGAAUGCGUUCAGGAAUUAUUGAAAUUUGUUAAAGAAUCGUGGGAAAAUAUUUUUUUUGUGCCUUUGAAAAUAUCAGACAUUUAA